AAGAGGCAAAGGAGCUGUUCUCCAGCACCGCGGAGUAAUCGGCGCAGGGGAGCUGUCCAGUUCAGCACCACCACGUUAAUGCAGUAGGUGGGAGAGCCACGAAGAAGGGGAGCCAGAGAGCCCGAGUAGGGGGGUGGGGAGGGGGAGCCCAGAGAAAGGAAAAAAAAGCCGGGUGGCAAAUCCUGCAGCAGCGAGACAGUCGUCCCCUUAUUUCCAGGAGCUUCGUGGAUCUGGGAAGGGAAAUCCAUCUCGAUUCUCCAGGAGACCCCCCCUUCCUUUUUCCCUCCCCCACUUUAAACAAGAUUUACCGACCGCUACAAAGAAAAAUCGCUCUCGGGGCUGUUCCCUCUACCGCGGCUGCUGCUGCUUCCGUCCGCUGCUGCCGCCGCCGCCGCCGCCGCCGUCCGCUGCCGCCACCGCCGCCGCCGCCGCUGCUGCCCGGGGGACAGCCAUGGAAGGCGAGAGCUCCGCACCUGUUCAGCUGAAAUCAAGGGCUUACCGUAUACUAGGCAGUCUGGUUUGAGAAAGCGAGAGCCAAGAGACCCCCAAGAAAGAUAACUGGAUUUUCAUGGCGCAGGCUGCAGAGCUCAGCACGAAGACGGAAGGUUGCAUCCCAGCUCUAACCAUCUCUAACUGUCUAGGUCCUGGUCAUGAGAGAUUGUGUUAAGGAUGAACCUGUGGAAGCCAUCUCCAAAUUAGCUAUCACAUAUGGAAACUGGAGACCAGAAUUUUAGGAAAAGGGAUUAAGGCAUCUCCUUUUUGGGGGGGUGGGGGGUGUCUUUUUUUUUUUUUUCUUUUUUUUUCUUUUUUUUUCUUUUCUUUUUCUUUUUUGAUACUGCAACUGGAACAGUCUCUGAUCUCAAAAAGGCAAGCCUCUCCUCCCGUGUGGUCUUUAUAAUUUACAGUUUUCCCUUGGGCUUUCUUACCUCCCUUUUUUUAUAUUCUAUAUAAUAUAUAUAUAUAUACACAUGUACCCAUUAUAUUCUUAGUGGAGUUAUUAUUCUUUGAUUUGAUACACACACUCUCUCUCUCUCUCACACACACACACACUCACUCCCGAGAAUCCGAAGUCAGUUUGGGGUAUUUAUAUAAUGAAGAAUUAUGGGGCUGUUUGACAGAGGUGUUCAGAUGCUUUUAACCACCGUUGGUGCUUUCGCUGCCUUCAGCCUGAUGACCAUAGCUGUGGGGACCGACUACUGGCUGUACUCCAGAGGGGUUUGCAAGACUAAAAGUGUCAGUGAGAAUGAAACCAGCAAAAAGAACGAAGAAGUCAUGACCCAUUCUGGAUUAUGGAGAACCUGCUGCCUGGAAGGGAAUUUUAAAGGUCUGUGUAAGCAAAUCGAUCACUUCCCUGAGGAUGCAGAUUAUGAAGCCGACACAGCAGAGUAUUUCCUCCGGGCUGUGAGGGCCUCCAGUAUCUUCCCCAUCCUGAGUGUGAUUCUGCUUUUCAUGGGGGGCCUCUGCAUCGCAGCCAGUGAGUUCUACAAAACUCGACAUAACAUCAUCCUGAGUGCCGGCAUCUUCUUCGUGUCUGCAGGUCUGAGUAAUAUAAUCGGCAUCAUUGUGUACAUAUCAGCCAAUGCUGGAGACCCUUCUAAGAGUGACUCCAAGAAAAAUAGCUACUCUUAUGGUUGGUCCUUCUACUUUGGGGCCCUGUCCUUCAUCAUUGCCGAGAUGGUGGGAGUGUUGGCCGUCCACAUGUUUAUUGACCGGCACAAACAGCUUCGAGCCAAUGCCCGUGCCACGGACUACCUCCAGUCCUCCGCCAUCACCCGCAUCCCCAGCUACCGCUACCGCUACCAGAGACGAAGUCGCUCCAGCUCCCGUUCUACCGAGCCUUCCCACUCCAGGGAUGCUUCCCCCGUGGGCAUCAAGGGGUUCAACACUCUGCCCUCCACAGAGAUCUCGAUGUACACCCUAACCAGGGACCCCCUGAAGGCCGCCACCACCCCCACCGCCACGUACAACUCCGACAGGGAUAAUAGCUUCCUCCAAGUUCACAACUGUAUCCAGAAAGAGAACAAGGACUCUAUCCACACCAACACAGCCAACCGCCGUACCACCCCUGUAUGAAGCCGAGGCCCAGAGCUCCAAGUAGGGGCCGGGGGAACAAGGCCGGGCCAGGCUAGGGUCAGUGGGGGUGGAAAAAGAGGGGUGGGGGGUUUGGGGGGAACAAAACCAACAAGGGGGAACCUUCCAAAAAGCAAAAAAGGAAAAAAAAGAAAAAAAGAAAAAAAUAAGUCAACAACAACAAAAAAAAAAAAUACAAAAACAAAAUAAGAGAAUUGAAGAGAAACAACAGGAAAAAUGUGGAAAAAAAGAGAAAAAACACUUUAAAAGCAAGAGAGAUUUAAAAAGAGAAAAAUAGAAAAUAAAUUUAAAGAAAAUGCAUGAUUUCCCAUGUACCAUUAUUUUAACAUUUAAUAAAAACAAAUAAAAAAAAAAAACAAGGGAACCAAGAGAAAUUUAAAAAAUAAAUAAACAAAGACAAGGAUGAGGAGGGAGGCUUUCGGGAAUCUUUCAGGGUUUAUUUUUUUAAUUUAAUGAGAUUUCUUUUCUGUUCACUUUUAACCCAAAGUGGGCUCUGACUCCUCUUAGGGGGUAGAGGGGAACAGAGCCCCGAGUCCUCAGGACGAUGAGAGGGCUGGGGGUGAUUAGCAGUGACCACCAAGCCCUGGAGUCUCUGGGUUAAUGUCCCCAAGCAAGGAGUUCCCAUGCCUUCUCUGACUCAGUGCUAGCCUUUGAACUUGUCGAUCUUUAGGGGAGUCAAGAUUUCUUGGUUUCUUAUGGGUCCCUAAAACAUGGGAAAGGAGGGAAAGUGGUGGGCCACUGCUCCCUUUCCAAGCUCCCAGUGUUUAAUGAUGAUCCACUGUGACCCCUCAGCCCCAGAGUGAUGGGGAAAGAGAAAAAGGCUGCUCAUGACUUUCCAGGAUGCUUAGAAAUCCCAGAAAUUCAUGGGGAACAACUUCUCAAAUAUUCCUGUGCUCAGGAUCAGUAGUAGUGAAUGGGGAAGAGGGUAGAAGGGGGUGGUCCACUUGCAUUGGACAGAUUCAACAGGUCACUGUCCUCGAGGACCUAGAAAACAGAGUCACUCUCUUCAAUUCCCAUAGGGAAGAAGCAUGAAAGUGACCCAGUUUAGACUCACCAACCCUCCCACCUCCAGUCCCAAGGGUCAAAUGGCCCCCUUGGCCCAAGGCUUCCCACUACUCUUCAGUUCCUUAAUGAAGAGUAGCUGCCAUGCCAUCGGGCCUAUUAUUCCCCUGGGGCCAGGGGUCAGAGGAGAGGGAACUCCAGGGAAGUAACUGAUCACAGUGACAUUAUAACAAAGGUUUCUUUUAAAAAAAAAAAAAAAAAGAAAGAAAAAAAAGGAAAUGAAAAAGUGGCUUUUUUUACUCCAAAAACACUACAAACUACAUACAUGUAAAUAUAAUAUGUGGAUUUCCUUGCAAGAGAAAUCAGAUCAUAUUUUUAUUUUAACUGUUUUGCAGCUUUAAACUGUGAAAAAAAAGGGGGGGUAAGAAGAGAAAUCUAAAUAUUAGCGGGGAAUGUGUAAAGAGAAAAACAGAAAAUAAAUCCAUUUAAAUGAAA